GCCCAGGAAAGCCUCGCAACUGGACCUCACCCCAGCUCGGAGUCGGCUGAGGAAGGCAGGGCUGCAGAGAACCAGAGGAGGCCUCCAGAGGAGCAGAGACCAGAGCUCACACAGGUGGCUCCGGCCCCAGCCCAGGUGCCAGCUUCUCUGCAUCCCUGAGGAGAGGCAGCACCAUGCUGGGCCCCCACCUCCCAUCCCCACCCCUCGGACCCAGCGAAGGCAGGUCUACCCCCUGCGCCUUUGAGAUCCCUGACGGGAGCUACAGGUGUCUGGCCUUGGAGGCUGAGGAGAGCGGCGGCGAGGAGGGCCUGCAAGGAGAGGCGGGGCUCACAGACUUGGAGGAAGACGGGGUGGCCAGCAGGAGUGAGGACAAUGCCUGCAGAGCCACCCAAGGGGCCCCACAGCUGCCCAGAGCCCUGGGCAUCCAGCCCCCCAGCUGCUCCAGGGAGGCACGAGGGGGUUCCCAGCAGGACAACAGGGCCGGCCAGGACUGGGCCAUGGCGAAGGCUCGGCAGGUGAUGACAGCCAGCCUCAGCUCCAGCCGCGGGCUCAGCAUUGCCCAGAAACCAGCAUUGGGCCGGAGCACGAGCUUCACCGAGAAGGAUCUGAAAGAGGCCAAGGCACGGAGCCAGCAGAUUGCAGCCCAGCUGACCACCCCUCCCAGCUCCAACUCCCGCGGCGUCCAGCUCUUCAACAGGCGCCGGCAGAGGGUGAACGAGUUCACCUUGGAGAGCCACGGCCGGAGGGUACAGAAGACCAGCCAGGAGUGCCUCAGAGUGCCCCCUGCCAGCCCCACAGGCCAUGUUCCGGGGUCCAGCCUGAGUCCCCCCUCACACCCUGAGCCAAGCCCUCCCAGGAACCCCGCCUGCCGGAGCCCUGACCUAGGGGUGCCUGGUCACAGCAUGGAGGGGUGCUCAGAGGACGCCGGCUUGCUGCGGCACCUGGAGAGGAUGGCCAGUGAGGAGGAAGAGGUGCCACUGGUGGUUUAUUUAAAGGAGAAUGCAGCCCUGCUGACGGCCAAUGGGCUCCACCUGUCCCAGAACCGAGACGCCCAGGAGACCCCACCAACCCCACCUCCAGAUGAGGGCCACAGCCCAGACGCAGAUGUCAACCAAAACCUUUCCUCACCUAGUGCCACACUGACCACACCAGCUUCUGACAGCAACCACAACCUGCCAGCCACAGAUGUCAAUCAGAACCCCCCGGCAACUGUCACCCCGCAGAGCCUGCCGCUUUCUAGCGUCCAACAGAAUUCUUCGGAGGCACAGCUCCCACCGAAUGGCACAGUGCCAGACUCCAAACCCAGCACCCCGUGUGCUGGCGGGCAGCCCCAGGAACCGACUGUGGAGGUGAAAUCCAGCACCCUCCUCAUUGAUAAGGUAUCAGCUCCACCUGCCACCACCAGCAUCUUCUCCAGAGAAGCUACUCCCAUCUCCACCUCGGGGCCCCCAGCCCCAGAUUUCAUGUCCAGCUCCUUGCUCAUCGAUGUCCAGCCCAGUGUCCCAGUGGUGUCAGCAGAACAAGAGGUGACUGGGCGGGCAGCCGCCAUCAUACCCACCAAGCUGUACAGCGAGGUCCACCUCACACUGGCCAAGCCUCCAUCAGUGGUCAACAGGACAGCCAGGCCCUUUGGGAUCCAGGCGCCAGGGAGCACCAGCCAGAUGGAGCGGAGCCCCAUGGUAGAGAGACGACAUCUCGGGGAGAAAGCCCCGGCUCCCCAGCCCCCGAACAUGGCAGACAGGAGCCCUCGGCCACAGAGACAUAUAAUGUCCCACAGCCCCAUGGUGGAGAGGAGGCCCGUGGCACAGCGAAGCCCCGCCUUGGAGAGACGCCCCUUGGGGAACUUCGCCCCGCCCCCCACCUAUGCCGAGACCUUGUCCACGGCCCCUCUGGCUUCCCGGAUUAGGUCUCCCCCCUCUUACUCUGCCCUGUACCCCAGCUCCGACACCAAGCCCUCUUAUCUGAAGGGCCAAGCAGCUCCCGCCAGCAAGACGGGCAUUUUGGAGGAGUCGAUGGCCCGCAGGGGCAGCCGGAAAUCCAUGUUCACCUUCGUGGAGAAGCCCAAGGUGACCCCGAAUCCAGACCUGCUGGAUCUGGUGCAGACAGCUGAUGAGAAGCGGCGGCAGAGGGACCAGGGGGAGGUGGGCGUGGAGGAGGAGCCCUUCGCGCUGGGGGCCGAGGCCUCCAACUUCCAGCAGGAGCCAGCACCCCGGGAUAGGGCCAGCCCUGGGGGGGCCGAGGAGAUUCUCCCAGAGUGGGCCUCGUGCCUCAAGUCGCCGCGCAUCCAGGCCAAGCCAAAGCCCAAACCCAACCAGAACCUCUCCGAGGCCUCGGGGAAGGGGGCCGAGCUCUACGCCCGCCGCCAGUCCCGCAUGGAGAAGUACGUCAUCGAGUCGUCGUCUCCAGGCCACGCCGAGCUGGCCCGCUGCCCUUCACCCACUAUGUCCCUGCCUUCAUCCUGGAAAUACUCCACGAAUGCCCCCGGCAGCUUCCGAGUGGCAUCCCGGAGCCCAGCUCGGACCCCGCCCGCCUCCCUCUACCAUGGCUACCUGCCUGAGAAUGGGGUCCUGCGCCCGGAGCCCAGCAAGCAGCCGCCGUACCAACUGCGGCCCUCGCUCUUCGUCCUCUCACCCAUCAAGGAACCUGCCAAGGCCUCGCCUAGAGCCACCCCGCCGAGAGCCGCCUCACCCGCCAAGCCGAGCUCCCUGGACCUGGCGCCCAGCCUGCCCAAGGGGGCCCUCCCGCCGUCUCCCGCCCUGCCUCGGCCCUCCCGCCCCUCACCGGGCCAGUACGCCUGCCCCGGCCAGGAUGGCCUCCAGCCCGCGGCCGUGAGCCCUACCUACAGCAGUGAUGUCUCCCCGGUGUCCCCCUCCAGGGCGUGGUCUCCCCGAGCCAAGCAGGCCCCCAGGCCCUCCUUCUCCACCCGGAAUGCCGGGAUCGAGGCUCAGGUGUGGAAGCCUUCCUUCUGCUUCAAGUAACAGACCCCACAGGGAUCCCACUGCCUGUCAGGGCCCCCUCUCCGAGGGCCUGAUGGAGAGCAGAGGUAGCAGGAAGUGGCACAGGGCUGCGAGUCAGGAGUAUGGGGACUCGGGGCUCAAGGGCUGACGCUGCCACCAGCUAGCUUUGUGACGUUGGGCAAGUCACCUCCCCUCUUUGAGCUGCAGCUGCCCCUUUCUUACCACAAGGGUGGAUGGACUGCAUGUCUGAGGGAUCUGAAGUCGGCCGUGGGUGGGGAGGAGGGUCAUGGAGAGAGAACUCCCUUGGCAGGCCCUAAUGAGGCUGGGCGGCUUCCUCUGGCCUCUGUGAGCUGUACGGAUACCAGCGUCUUGCUGGGGAAUGGUCCUAGAAGGGGACCCUAACAGGGACUUCUGGAGCAAACAGCCUGCCUGUGGAACCAGCCAGCCAAGGGUCUGCCUCCUCAGCUGCCCCGGUGGGGCCUCCCUCAUUGUGGCCCCAGCUCCUGGCAUAUUUCUGCCUGUUGCUGGAUUCUCACCUCCACGGGUCUGUCUCUUCCACCUCUGCCUUCUGGACACCGUUUCCUCUCCGCUGCUUCAGAGAGCUUUGCCUCGGCCUCCACAUUCUCUCCUCUCCUGGGUUCCUCUGCUGGAUGAGGACUUCGCCCGCCACUGCUGCCUGAUGCUUUUCUUCCUGCCGCCUGCUCAGCUGCCUCCAUGCCCUCUCCAGACAUCUGGCUCCGCUUUAGGGACAGCUAAAGCAGUUCGUCCCAGACCUCAGUCCUAGUUCCACCUGGCUUGCCCUCACUGUUCUGGGGUGUGGAGGUCCUAGGUUAUCCCUGAGAGAAGGAGAGCCCUGUAGAAGGACGUGUAGAUGGGGGUGUGCAGCUGGGAGAGAGGCCCCUAGCCGUGUAUCCAUUGGCUCUUUUGGCUUCAACCUCAGCCAAGAUCUUUCCGACUAAAAGCAGCCAUCUAUGUGCAGGGGCCACAGGGAGAGAGGCAGGAGAGGAGAGUUCUGGUCCCAUCUCAGCCUCCCAUUUGCUGUGUGAGUUUGGCCAAGUCACUUUCCCUUUCUGGGCCUCAGUUUUCUCAUUUAUACAAGGAGGGCCCUUGCAGCUGUGACAGUCUGUGAGGAUCGAGAGGAUAGGCUAGUGCUUUGGGAGAAAGGCCUUGUAAGUGAUAAGACAGUCCCCUGGGAAGAGAGGGGAAGGACAUGGGCAGUUGCCAUAAGACAGAUGGAGUUAGAUGUCUGCAAGGGUGUCCUGGGGAGGGUGUGGCUGGAAUGAGCUGCUACAGGAGGCUCGGGGAUCAGAAGCCUAGGCUGGGAUGGCCCAGGCUCAGGAUUGCCCGGGGAUCAGGGAGUGUGGCAAGGGCUGGGGCAGGAGCACAGCAGCUCAGUGGGAUGGGGUGGAAGAGACAUUAGGGUUUUGAGGAAAAGGUUGAGACUUAGAGAUCUGGCUUCUAACAGACUGACUCCAUGUGUAUCCUUGGGUCAGUUCCCCAUUUGUACAGGGAGGGCAUUGAGUCAGAGUCUGAGAUCCUUACCACCUCUGAUACCUUUGAUGGGAUGCAGCCCCCAAAACCAGGCUUUGUUGGGGGGUGAGAGAAUACAGACGCAAGAGGCAGAAUUCCAAUGGAAGCUUCCCAAGGCUGGGGGCCGAGUACCACCCACCUUUUCUUUCCCAGCCCUAUUUCUGGGCUCCCCAGCGGGGCUAGGGGUGGUGGAGGCGGUGCCCGCGCUGGGCUGAGCCUGCCGUUUUCAUGAGCUCUGGGCUCGUCUCCAUAGGAACAGGGGGUGCCUUCCCAGUGAGUUCAUCCUGCCCAGAACGCGGGGGCAUGCGUGGGGGAGCCGCGAGGGAGCUCAGCUCCUUCAUGCCAGGCCCCUCCCAGGACAGAGGGAAGCCCCUGCCCAGACCCCUGCUCCCUUCCACCCCUGAGGGCCAGCAAUGGAAGAGCCCCCCCCUCCAUCCUGCGGCUCCUGCGGCCAGGCUGGCCAAGCUCUUCCCCAACUUUGUUUCCUCUCCUGUUCUCAAUACACUCUGCCUCAAAUCUGUCUUGCU